CCACGUGUAAGUGUAAGCAGAGCAAAUCGCAGAAGCGUUGAACCGCUUCAGAAAAAAAAAGGGGCAAACUUAAACGCAAACGCGGCCAAGAAGCUAUAAGCCGACGAAAGAGGGAUAUAAAUACAGUACGUACAUAGAGCAAAACAACAAGAACUCUCUCGUUCUGUAUUCGUUGCCAAGCGAAGUGAUUCAGAGAAUCCCAAAAAGAAAGGAAGAAAAUAUGACAAGAUCAGGACAGAAAAGGCAGAAGAAAGGAGAACAGCAACAAAACCCUAAAAUCGUCGAAGCCACUCGGAUUCGCAUAACCAAUUUACUACAAGACUUCCGUACAUCAAUUGAUGAAGUGUACACAUUUGAAGCCAACCUGACAAAUUAUGAACGUGCAGUGGUGCAUGAAUUAUGCAAGAAAAUGGGUAUGACGUCCAAAAGUUCUGGGCGUGGGAAUCAGCGAUGCGUAUCUGUUUACAAAGCUAAAAGAAAAGUGGACAAGAAGAUGGGGAAAGAAAAUCUCACUCCCUUAACAUUUUCAGAAAUGGCAAAAGAGGUAUUGCAGGACUUAUUUACUCGAUAUCCACCUGAUGAUCAAAAGGUAGACGAGGAAAUGAUUGGGAAACAUAGUGGAAAAUCUGAUAAAAGACAUGGAAAGAGAGAUGAUAUCUUUUGCCGACCUUCAAUGAACAAGGACGAAAUAGCAAAGAAGGUGGAAUCACUUGCUUCUAGAGUAGAAAAGUCCCCGAAACUGACAGAGAUUAUUGAACAGAGGUCUAAGCUUCCAAUAUCAUCCUUCAGGGAUCUCAUUACAUCCACAAUAAAAUCUAAUCAGGUGGUGCUCAUAUCUGGUGAGACUGGAUGUGGAAAAACCACACAGGUCCCACAAUUUCUUUUGGAUUAUAUGUGGGGUAAGGAUGAGGCAUGUAAAAUAGUCUGCACUCAACCACGACGAAUCUCAGCGACAUCAGUUGCUGAGAGAAUCUCUUAUGAAAGAGGCGAAACUGUUGGAGAUAGUGUUGGAUACAAGAUAAGGUUGGAGAGCAAAGGUGGGAGGCACUCAUCAAUUCUGUUCUGCACUAAUGGGAUUCUGUUGAGGGUACUGGUUUCUAAGGGCACUGGCAGGAUGAUGGUAGGAGCUUCCGGAAGAUGGGCUGAAGAUGAUAUUUCUGACAUAACCCACAUUAUUGUGGAUGAAAUUCAUGAACGGGAUCGCUAUUCUGAUUUCAUGCUAGCAAUUCUCAGAGACAUGCUUCCUUCAUAUCCUCAUCUACAUCUGGUACUGAUGAGUGCUACACUUGAUGCUGAACGGUUUUCACACUACUUUGGUGGUUGCCCAAUUAUCCGAGUCCCUGGGUUCACUUAUCCUGUGAAAACGUUUUAUUUGGAGGAUGUACUUUCUUUAUUGAAAUCACUGGAAAAUAAUCACCUUGAUUGUACUUCAGAGAGUGUUACAAUUAAGGAGUCCAAGUUAACAGAAGAAUACAGAGUUGCCCUUGAUGAAGCUAUUAAUUUGGCUUGGUCAAAUGAUGAGUUUGAUCCCCUCCUAGAUUUAGUUUCUUCUGAAGAAGCUCCAAUUUUUUUUAAUUAUCAGCAUUCUUUGACUGGAGUAACACCAUUAAUGGUAUUAGCUGGAAAAGGUAGAGUGGGUGAUGUUUGCAUGCUUCUCUCUUUUGGUGCUGACUGCAGUAUACGAGCCAAUGAUGGAACAACUGCAGUGGGUUGGGCUGAAAGAGAGGGUGAGGGAGAAGCUGCUGAAAUUAUAAAAAAACACAUGGAAAAAUCCCUUUCCAACUCUGAGGAAGAACAACAAAUACUUGAGAAAUAUCUAUCAACUAUCAAUCCUGAACUUAUUGAUGUUGUCCUUAUAGGGCAAUUAAUAAGGAAAAUAUGUAUCGACUCGAAAGAUGGAGCUAUCCUUGUUUUCCUUCCUGGGUGGGAUGAUAUAAAUAGAACACGAGAGAUAUUAAUUUCUAGCCAGUUCUUCAAAGAUUCUUCUAAGUUUGUAAUUAUAUCUCUCCAUUCUAUGGUCCCAUCUGUGGAGCAAAAGAAGGUUUUUAAACGGCCCCCUCUUGGUUGUCGCAAAAUAAUUCUUUCAACUAACAUUGCUGAGACUGCUGUCACCAUUGAUGAUGUUGUUUAUGUUAUCGACAGUGGAAGGAUGAAAGAAAAAAAUUAUGACCCUUACAACAAUGUUUCAACUCUUCAUUCUUCUUGGGUUUCAAAAGCAAGUGCAAAGCAACGAGAAGGACGUGCUGGACGCUGCCAGCCAGGAAUCUGUUAUCAUCUUUAUUCAAAACUUCGAGCAGCUUCAUUGCCAGAUUUCCAAGUUCCUGAAAUCAAGAGGAUGCCAAUUGAGGAACUUUGUUUGCAGGUGAAGCUACUUGAUCCAAAUUGCAAAAUAGGAGAUUUCUUACGGAAAACAUUAGACCCGCCGGUUUUUGAAACCAUACGUAAUGCGAUUAUUGUUCUUCAAGAUAUUGGGGCCCUGUCACUUGAUGAGAAACUUACAGAACUCGGGGAGAAGCUGGGUUCUCUACCAGUACAUCCCCUAACAAGCAAGAUGCUUUUCUUUGCCAUAUUAUUGAAUUGCCUCGAACCAGCUUUGACUUUGGCUUGUGCAUCUGAUUACAGAGAUCUAUUUACUCUUCCCAUGUUGCCUAAUGAAAAGAAGAGAGCUGCGGCUGCUAAAUCUGAGCUGGCUUCACUCUAUGGUGGGCAUGGUGAUCAACUAGCGGUAAUAGCUGCAUUUGAGUGCUGGCAGAACGCCAAGGAGAGGGGUCAAGAAGCACUUUUUUGUUCUCAAUACUUCAUGUCUUCAAGUGCCAUGAAUAUGCUAUCCAGAAUGCGCAAGCAACUAAAAUCUGAAUUAAUCCGGAAUGGUUUUAUUCAGGAAGAUGCAUCUGGUUUUAGCCUAAAUGCACGGGAUCCUGGUAUACUCCAUGCAGUCCUUGUGGCUGGUUUGUAUCCAAUGGUGGGGAGAUUACUUCCACCUCACAAAGGCGGAAAGCGAUCAGUUGUGGAAACUGCUAGUGGUGAUAAGGUCCGGUUGCACCCUCAAUCCACAAACUUUAAGUUAUCAUCUAAGUCAUCUGUUGAUCAGCCUUUAAUUAUAUAUGAUGAGAUAACCCGUGGAGAUGGGGGUUUGCACAUUAGAAAAUCUAGUGUUGUUGGGCCUCUCCCGUUAUUACUGUUAGCAACAGAGAUUGUUGUUGCUCCUGCUAACGAUAAUGAUGAUGGCGGUGAAGAUGAUGAUGAAAGCGACUUUGAAGAUGACGACGAUGAUAGUGAUGAAGAUAAAACAGAGAUGCAUGAUAAGACUGCUGUACGACAUGGAGAAAAAAUCAUGUCCUCUCCUGAUAAUACUGUUAAGGUGGUUGUUGACAGGUGGCUAUACUUCGAGUCAACAGCACUUGAUGUUGCUCAGAUUUACUGUUUAAGAGAGAGACUUUCUGCAGCAAUUUUGUUCAAAGUAACUCAUCCAAAAAAAGUUCUUCCUCAACUUCUUGAGGCUUCUGUAUAUGCAAUAUCCUGUGUUCUGUCAUAUGAUGGGAUGUCGGGAGUCUCAUUGUCAUUGAAAUCUGUGGAUGCACUGACUUCAAUGGUGAAUGCAACUGAAAUUGACCAAGAAUCAGGGAGAAAGAAAAUGGGUCAGAAUCCAAAUGGUUUUAUGAGAUCGCUCAUGUGGAAUGACAACCCCCAGAACUUUCCUUCAAAUCAUAACAAAGGUAGGCUGCCUGAAAAUAAGGGUAAAGCACACUGGAAUCACCCAUCGAGCCAUCAUGUUGUGCCUCCUGCUCCAGUAUUCAUGAAUGCAGACCAAAGAUCUGCAUCACAAGGUUCUAGUGCUGCUGGGUUUGGUCAUGGAACGUAUGGACAAAUCAGUUCAAGAGCGGAUUCUUUUAAGCGCCAGCGUGGUAACAGGUCUUGAUAACUAAACGAGGUUGGAAAAUGGACCCCAACUGGGCAGUUGGGAUUAAGCUGGGAAUUGAGUUCAGACGGGAAUGUCCACUGGUUGCUGCUGCAUCUAAAAUUUCCAAGUUGCCCAAAAGUAACGCCUUGAUGCUUCCAUGGAGUGGGUGCUGGGUAAUGUAUACUUAAGCGUCCACAUGAUCUAAUGCCUGGCUGCUGCUGCAUCUAAAAUUUCGGAGUUGCAGAAUUGCAGAAAAGUAGCUCCUUGAUGGUUCCGGGGAGUGGUUGCUGGUAAUGCAUUUAAGCAUCGGAAUUAUCAAAUGUCUUUUUUGGUUAGAAAUUUAUGUUUUUAAAUGUUACAUAUAUUAUUUAACAUGUGUUUAUAUAUAUAUAUAUAUGUACACACACACACACCCUCUUCUGGAGGGAAUACUUGGAACUUGAACUCAUUUAUGCGCCCAUUAUUGCUCCUUAUUAUGUAACAA